UCCGCAGUCAUACCAUUGUGGCUUGUAGUAAGAAGAACUUAAACCAAACUUCAGCGAAGGAAAAAUGGCUUUGUGUCGCGUUUACGGCACCAAUAACCAAAUGGAUUAUGAAACUGGUAUGGAUUCAAAAAAGGUACCUUGCAGUGAAGACCGCCUGGACAGCGGAUUGGAUUCCUUGAAGGAAGAGUUGGACAGUAUUGUGGAUAAUAUGGACACUUUGCGCGUGGAUAACCACGACUAUACACAGACUGAUUACAUCAACGAACCAUGGAAGCUGCAAAGGACGGAGGACGGAGACACGAUUCUCCACCUCGCCGUCAUUCACGAAGCGAAAGAUUACGUUUUCCAGAUCAUCAACAGGUCCCGGAACGAACCAUUCCUGAACGUCCAAAAUAACCAAAGACAGACUGCCCUGCACCUGGCCGUGAUUACUGAACAGGCUGACUUGGUGGAUACGUUGUUAAAGGCUGGCUGUGACCCCCAGCUGGUGGACGACUGUGGAAACACUGCCCUCCACAUCGCCUGCAAGAAAGGCUCCCUGCACUGCUUCAGCGUUCUCACGCAAUACCGUCCCCAACAUCUCGCCUCCAUCCUCGCUGCACCCAACUACAGCGGUCACAACUGCCUACACAUAGCUUCCAUCUUCGGUUUCCUGUCACUGGUAGAAAGCCUCAUCCAGCUCGGGGCGGAUGUCAAUGCACAGGAGUACUGUAAUGGCCGAACGGCACUCCACCUGGCCGUGGAUCUGCAGAACCUCGAGCUGGUGAAGCUCCUCGUCGCCAAGGGUGCCAACGUUAACAGUGUGACGUAUGGUGGCUACACCGCCUACCACCUGACCUACGGGAGGCAGAGCACCGAGAUACAGCAACAGCUGCACGCUCUCACUGCACAGGAUUUGAGGGAGCUUCCUGAGAGUGACGAGGAAGACAGCGAUGAGGAGCCUUCAUCAGAGGAAGAAGAUAUCUACGAUGACAUUUUCGUCAGAGGGCAGAAGUAGGGCCCAUUUCCCAUCCUUCCCUCCCCCUCGCCCGGCGGUGCAGAGAAGACUACAGAGUCCCCUGACAGGUCCAGCGCUGACAUAGCGUACAGCAGUCCCAGGUUCCUGCCCUGGUUCUGGUCCGACUCCGGCAGACCCGUCACAGCAGGUCCAGUCCAAAACCAAGUGGAAGCUGAAAGCACAGAAGGACCGGGAAGAAAAGACUGAAAUCAUCCAUGGCGAAAGACAGAAAAAUAUCAUCCUGGCUUCAUGGAAGAUUUAUUUUUUUUUCAAAAUGUUUAUGUAAUUAUGUGUAUAGAUAUAUAGUGUACAUAAUGUAAAUUUAAUGUAUUGUGUAGAUAUCUCAUGUUCAUUUUGUGCAAACACCAUGGAAAAUAAAAAUGUUUUCUUUA